CGGAAGUGAAGCCGCUCCGCCCGCCCGGAGGUCGCCGCUCGGCUGCUCCGCCCUCCUUGUUCGCCGCUGCCGCCGCCGAGGCCUCCAUUUUCCCUCGGCGCCUCGGGUGGGAUUCCUGGAGAGCCGUGUUUGGUUUUGCAAACUUCUGACAAGGUCUGCCGUGAAAAGCCGAGGGGCAGCAGCCCGAGAAGACCCUUUUGGGGGAUUAGUAACUGACUAAAGGGUGGCAUAAAAAGUUCCCGUGGAGCCGUGUGUGAGACGCUGCAGCCAUGUCUGACUUUGUAGAAAGUGAAGCAGAGGAGUCAGAGGAGGAGUACAACCAGGAUGGGGAGGUUGUGCCCAGAGUAACCAAGAAGUUUGUAGAGGAAGAUGAGGAUGAUGAGGAAGAGGAGGAGAUAAAUCUUGAUGAUCAAGAUGAGCAGGGGAACCUGAAAGGAUUCAUUAAUGAUGAUGAUGAUGAGGAAGAGGAGGAGGAAGCCAGUGACUCUGGAGACUCUGAGGACGAUGUUGGCCACAAAAAGAGAAAGCGCACUUUUGAUGACCGCCUGGAGGAUGAUGAUUUUGACCUCAUUGAAGAGAACUUGGGCGUUAAAGUCAAAAGGCAAAAAUUUAGGCGUGUGCGAAAAAUGUCCGAUGAUGAGGAUGAUGAGGAAGAAGACUAUGGAAAGGAAGAGCAUGAGAAGGAAGCCAUUGCUGAAGAAAUCUUUCAGGAUGGCGAAGGCGAGGAAGGAGGGGAAGCUGUUGAAGCUCCCGUUGCUCCACCAGAAGAGGAAGAGGAGGAAGAGGAAGAUGAAUCUGACAUUGAUGACUUCAUUGUGGAUGACGAUGGACAACCUCUGAAGAAGCCAAAAUGGCGAAAGAAGCUCCCUGGAUACACAGAUGCUGCCUUGCAGGAAGCCCAGGAAAUCUUUGGUGUGGACUUUGACUAUGAUGAGUUUGAGAAGUACAAUGAGUACGAUGAGGAGAUGGAGGAGGAAUACGAAUAUGAGGAUGAAGAAGCCGAAGGGGAGACCCGUGUACGACCCAAAAAGACUGCCAAGAAGCGCGUCAGUCGGCGUAGCAUCUUUGAGAUGUACGAGCCCAGUGAGCUGGAGAGCAGUCACCUAACGGACCAGGACAACGAGAUCCGCAUGACAGACAUGCCUGAGAGGUUCCAGCUGCGAUCCAUCCCGGUGAAGAGUGCUGAAGAUGAUGAGCUGGAGGAGGAAGCUGACUGGAUUUACAGGAAUGCUUUUGCAACACCCACCAUCUCCUUGCAGGAAAGUUCUGACUACCUCGACCGUGGACAGGCCAGCAGCAGCUUCAGCCGCAAAGGGCCCAGCACCAUCCAGAAGAUUAAAGAAGCUCUGAAUUUCAUGAGAAAUCAACAUUUUGAGGUCCCGUUCAUUGCCUUCUACAGAAAGGAGUAUGUGGAGCCAGAGCUGCACAUCAAUGACCUGUGGAGGGUCUGGCAGUGGGAUGAGAAGUGGACCCAGCUGAAGAUCCGCAAGCAGAACCUGACGCGUCUGUUUGAGAAGAUGCAGGCUUAUCAGUAUGAACAAAUCUCUGCUGACCCAGACAAGCCCUUGGCAGAUGGAAUAAGGGCCCUGGAUACUACUGACAUGGAGAGGCUGAAGGACGUGCAGUCCAUGGACGAGCUGAAGGAUGUGUAUAAUCACUUCCUGCUGUACUAUGGGCGAGACAUCCCCAAGAUGCAGAAUGCUGCCAAGGCCGCUCGAAAGAAGCAAAAGCGUAUCCGAGAGGAUGGUGAAGAGGAAGAAGGUGAAGGGGAAGAUGCAGAAGAUGAUGAGCAGAAAGGGCCUGAGCUGAAGCAGGCUUCCCGUCGGGAUAUGUACACCAUCUGUCAAACAGCUGGGCUGGAUGGCCUGGCUAAGAAGUUUGGUCUGACACCUGAGCAGUUUGGAGAGAAUCUCCGAGACAGUUACCAGCGUCAUGAGACGGAGCAGUUCCCCGCAGAGCCCCUGGAGCUGGCCAAGGAUUAUGUGUGUAGUCAAUUCCCAAGCCCUGAAGCUGUGCUGGAAGGAGCCCGGUACAUGGUGGCUUUGCAGAUAGCCAGGGAGCCUUUGGUCAGGCAGGUUCUGAGACAGACUUUCCAAGAAAGAGCUAAAAUCAACAUUUCACCAACCAAAAAGGGGAAGAAGGAUAUUGAUGAAGCUCACUAUGCCUAUUCCUUUAAAUACUUGAAGAACAAGCCUGUGAAGGAGCUGCGAGAUGACCAGUUCCUGAAAAUGAGCCUGGCAGAAGACGAGGCACUGCUCACUAUAGAUAUCAGCAUUGACAUGAAAGGAGUGGAGGGUUAUGGUAGUGACCAGACAUACUUUGAGGAAAUCAAACAGUUCUAUUAUCGGGAUGAGUUCAGCCACCAGGUGCAGGAGUGGAAUCGGCAGCGUACGAUGGCCAUUGAGCGGUCCCUCAACCAAUUCCUCUACGUGCAGAUGGCUAAAGAGUUGAAGAACAAGCUGUUGGUGGAGGCCAAGGAGUAUGUCCUCAAGUCUUGCAGCCGGAAACUGUACAACUGGCUGAAAGUAGCUUCAUACCGUCCUGAUCAGCAGGUGGAGGAAGAUGAUGAUUUCAUGGAUGAAAACCAAGGGAAGGGGAUUCGGGUAUUAGGCAUUGCAUUUUCCUCAGCCAGGGACCACCCCGUGUUUUGUGCCCUUGUUAAUGGAGAAGGUGAGGUUACAGACUUCCUCCGAUUACCGCAUUUCACAAAGAGGAGAAACGCCUGGCGUGAGGAAGAGAGGGAAAAGAAGGCCCAGGAUAUUGAAACCUUGAAGAAAUUCCUCCUGAACAAGAAGCCUCACGUGGUGACAAUUGCGGGUGAGAACAGGGAUGCUCAGAUGCUGAUGGAGGAUGUAAAGAGGAUUGUUCAUGAGCUGGAUCAAGGGCAGCAGCUGUCCUCUAUCGGAGUGGAGCUGGUGGACAAUGAACUGGCCAUUCUCUACAUGAACAGCAAGAAAUCUGAGAAUGAGUUCCGGGAUUACCCACCUCUGCUGCGUCAAGCCGUCUCCCUUGCUCGCCGCAUUCAGGACCCCCUGAUAGAGUUUGCCCAGGUCUGCAGCUCCGAUGAGGAUAUUCUCUGCCUGAAACUCCACCCUCUGCAGGAACACGUGGUGAAGGAGGAGCUGCUGAAUGCGCUCUACUGCGAAUUCAUAAACCGUGUGAAUGAGGUGGGAGUGGAUGUCAAUCGGGCGAUUGCUCACCCUCACAGCCAAGCUUUGCUGCAGUAUGUGUGUGGCCUGGGACCACGCAAAGGCACUCAUCUGCUAAAGAUCUUAAAACAAAACAACACACGUCUGGAGAACAGGACCCAGCUAGUUACGAUGUGUCACAUGGGACCCAAGGUGUUUAUCAACUGUGCUGGCUUCAUCAAAAUUGACACGGCAUCGCUGGGCGAUAGUACUGAUUCCUACAUCGAAGUCCUAGAUGGGUCUAGGGUCCAUCCUGAAACCUAUGAAUGGGCAAGGAAAAUGGCAGUGGAUGCCUUAGAAUACGAUGAGUCGGCAGAGGACGCUAAUCCCGCAGGAGCUCUGGAGGAGAUCUUGGAAAAUCCUGAGCGUCUGAAAGACCUGGAUCUUGAUGCCUUUGCUGAAGAACUGGAAAGACAGGGCUACGGUGACAAGCAUAUCACUUUAUAUGACAUUCGAGCUGAACUAAGCUGCAGGUACAAAGACCUGAGAACUCCAUACCGUUCUCCAAACACAGAAGAGGUCUUCAAUAUGCUGACCAAAGAAACUCCAGAGACUUUUUAUAUAGGUAAAAUGGUCAUCUGCAACGUGACUGGGAUAGCCCACAGGCGACCGCAAGGAGAAAGCUAUGACCAGGCAAUACGGAAUGAUGAAACUGGCCUUUGGCAGUGUCCUUUCUGUCAGCAGGAUAACUUUCCAGAGCUCAGCGAGGUUUGGAACCACUUUGACAGCGGUUCCUGCCCAGGUCAGGCCAUUGGAGUGAAGACACGUCUGGAUAAUGGUGUUGCUGGCUUCGUCCCAACAAAAUUUCUUAGUGAUAAAGUGGUCAAGCGGCCAGAAGAAAGGGUGAAGGUGGGAAUGACCGUUCACUGCAGGAUUAUGAAAAUAGACAUUGAGAAGUUCAGUGCAGACCUGACCUGCAGGACCUCAGACCUGAUGGAUAAGAACAAUGAAUGGAAACUACCUAAAGACACCUACUAUGACUUUGACUCUGAGGCAGCAGAUCACAAACAGGAGGAAGACUUGAAAAGAAAGCAGCAGCGGACAACAUACAUCAAGAGAGUAAUUGCUCACCCAUCAUUCCACAACAUUAGCUUCAAGCAAGCAGAGAAGAUGAUGGAGACCAUGGACCAAGGGGAUGUGAUUAUUCGGCCAAGUAGCAAAGGGGAGAACCACCUGACUGUCACCUGGAAGGUGAACGAUGGGAUUUACCAGCACGUGGAUGUCCGAGAAGAGGGCAAGGAGAAUGCCUUCAGCCUGGGCUCCACGCUUUGGAUCAACACAGAGGAGUUUGAAGACCUGGAUGAAAUUGUUGCUCGCUACGUCCAGCCAAUGGCUUCUUUUGCCAGAGACCUGUUGAAUCACAAAUACUAUCAGGACUGCAACAGUGGAGACAAAAAGAAGCUGGAAGAGCUGCUGAUAAAGACCAAGAAAGAGAAGCCAACAUUUAUUCCCUACUUUAUCAGUGCCUGUAAAGAUCUACCUGGCAAAUUCCUCUUAGGGUAUCAGCCUCGAGGCAAACCAAGGAUAGAGUAUGUGACAGUGACGCCAGAAGGAUUCCGCUAUCGGGGCCAGGUCUUCCCUACCGUGAACGGACUCUUCCGAUGGUUUAAGGAUCAUUAUCAGGACCCUGUUCCAGGUAUCACCCCCAGCAGUAGCAGUCGGACCAGGACUCCAGCCUCCAUUAAUGCUACUCCAGCUAACAUUAACCUGGCAGACCUGACCCGUGCAGUGAACGCUCUGCCGCAGAACAUGACCUCCCAGAUGUUCAGUGCCAUCGCUGCCGUGACAGGCCAGGGACAGAAUCCAAAUGCCACCCCUGCACAGUGGGCAUCCAGUCAGUACGGCUACGGAGGCAGCGGAGGCGGCAGCAGCGCGUACCACGUUUUCACAACUCCAGCACAGCAACCAGUGGCCACCCCUCUGAUGACCCCCAGUUACUCCUACACUACCCCCAGCCAGCCGAUUACAACACCCCAGUACCAGCUCCAGGCCAACACCACGCCCCAGUCCACCCAGUCCCAGACACAGUCGCAGCCAUCAUCCAGCUCCAGGCAGAGGCAGCAGCCAAAGACCAACAGUCACGCUGCAAUCGACUGGGGGAAGAUGGCCGAGCAGUGGCUCCAGGAGAAGGAGGCUGAACGGAGGAAACAGAAGCAGAGGUUGACUCCUCGCCCAUCUCCCAGCCCCAUGAUCGAAAGCACGCCCAUGUCCAUCGCCGGGGACGCCACGCCGCUGCUGGAUGAGAUGGAUCGAUAGGCUGUGCUGGACCUGACCCGUAACCUCCGCUCUCUUCUCUAGGAAGGGGAAGGGAGAGUGAACAGCUGAAAACUUCCCUUCCCUUAGCCACAUAACUCCUGUUUUAUAGGUCGUGAGAUGGUGGGAAAUGACUCUGGGUGACAUGCACCUGAGUGAAUGAAUAGACUUGGCAGGGCUGGUCUAAAUAUAUAUACUAUAUAAAUACAAAUAUAUCAUAGGAAGGAACACUGCAGUGGCCUCUACGUUCCAGGCCCUGGUUCAUCACUUUGGAAGCUUGGCAAAGUAAUUAUGAGAUCAAACGAGUCUGUCCUUGUACAUGCACAGCAGUCUGCUUUCACCGCAAAGACUAGGAAGCAAACGUAGCUGGAAGCACAGACCACCAGCCCGGAGUGAGCCUGUUUCAUUUGGAUUCUCCCAAACCUUGACUGUCGCUUCUCCAUGUCCUGAGAGUACAAAGCAAAGUCACGGGGAUUGUGACAAGCAAACCGGAGUUCUCAGAAAGUUUCUGUUGUUGGUUGCUCUGUGUUUUUGUGUGUAACAGGCUCUGGGGAGUCUGUGCCAGCCCCCAGCUGUGUUCGUAGGGGUCUAGCACAGCAGCUCUGGGGCUCGGGGUCUUGCCGGAGAGAAAUGCAGCUGUCAUACCAAAGGCUUGCUCUCUCCUCUGGCUUCUUUUGGAACAAUAUUUAUUUAGUUUUGAUUAUUUUUGUUUUGGUUUUUUGUUUUUUUUUUUUUGUUUGUUUUUUUUUUGUUUUUUUUUUUUUUUAAAUCAGGCAGCUUUCCCGAGCGCGAGACAGACAUAUGGGCUAAAACGCUGCGAGAGCAGAUGCUCCUAUGGUGGAGAAUGCGAAGCAGCGGGGAGCGCAUGGCAUCCCCCUCCGUAUCCGCUUAACCCUGCCCAGUUGUAACCAAGAGGGGUGAAUAAAUAGUGUUUUCACUGAACGCUAGUUGAGAGGUUUUCUGCCUGCACCCUGUGCUGCCUACCUGCCCUCUCUCAGGGCAGCGGAUUUGCUUAGAAGCAAAGUUCAGUGGUGACAGUCGAUGCUCCUUCUUCCUUUGUGGGUUGGAGUUGCCUUCUCUGGGCUGAAACUCUCACAGAGGAGUUGUUUUCUGUUGAGCUGAUGAAGAAUAAUGUUUUGUUUCGAUUGCGUUGUAUAGAGACAUCACACGGACAUCUGGGGUGCAUCCUGGAGGCCCACGUCUGUGUCUGGCUGGGAGAGGUACUGGGGGGCCUGCGAGGGGGGCAGAGAAUGCAGAUAACUUCGGUCAUGUCAGUAUUGCAGAGCGCCUGCCAGCGCUCGGAGCCAUUUCUGAACUGGAAAGUUCCUGCUUCACACACUUUGCUCUCUCCUGCUUUGUUAGUAGGGAUUUUCUAUGGAAGCAGAGUCUUUGUUCCUUCCCAGUGCUCCUGGUUAGCCUCCUCUCGCUAGGAAAUGAGCAGGAACAGCAGAUCUUAAGAAACAAAGGUCUUUUUUGCAUGUAAAUGCUCCUGAAGAAUGGCAGCAACCCAGGAGACAAAGCAAAGCUGUUUCCACAGAGAAAUGCAGGUCCUGGCUUCCUCCCAUCUCUGCAGUACUGGGGGGCUGACACAGUCCUGUUCCUCCCCUGGCACCACGCAGGCCAGGCCUGAGGACCCUGGGCUGGAGCCCACGGCUGCCCUAGGCUGCAGGUGUACUAACCUUACUCUUUUUUUUUAUUUUCUCAAAAUCUGUAUGAUGGGAAUUUGGGAGCAGCUCCUUACCAGGGAUGCGGCGGACACAUGCUGAGGGGCAGGGGCCUAGUUGUGCAUUGUCGCCUCCUUUUUGACUGUCUUUGUUUUUAGUUUUCCCUUACCGUCAAUAAAAAUUCUACUUUUGGGAA